AUGGCCAAGUUGACCGAGAUCUAUGAACAACACAUGUCGAUCAAGACCAUAUUGGAUAAGGACCAGACUGCACUCGACCUGAUCGAAGACGCCAUGCGCCAAGCCCGUCUGUCCAAGCCACACAUCCUCCACGAGUACUCUGCUGCCGACCUCUCCACUAAACAACAGAUCCAGCGUCGCAAGGAUAUCUUUGGCGAGGUGUCCAAGUCGCUCAAGUUGUCGCUCGAUGAGUACCAGACCAAGUUGGCCACACAGGCACUCAUCCUAGUCAAGGCUGCCAUCGCUCAAUACAACACUGCCUACGAGGCCAAGAAGACUGAGCUGGCCGCCGCACUCCAGACCGAGGGCUUGGAGGAGUACGAGGAGACCAUCUACAAGCAACUGACCGCCAACAUACAGUCAGCCAUUGCCGUGUUGUCCGUUCCAUCGGCCGUGAUGACCAUCGCCAAAUACUUCCAGUCUGAGAACCUUGGUGUUCUAUGUCUGCUGGCAUGUCGCCAGGCCGCCACCAUUCUCUUGCAGCAACGUGAGAAUGAUCUGAAGAAGCUUGUGUCGUCGGCCUACGCCACACCCGAGACCAGCUACCAAAUCGUCGAGACUGCCGUCGACUCUAUCUUUGCCACCAUCAGUCAUCUCACCAACUUGACCAACAACAACAAGAACGAACUGACUACCCGCCAACUGUUCGACCUCACUCUCCUCCAAUCCGACACACUCAAGGAGUUGAUCGAGUUCCACAUCCCCAAGUACCUCUCCAGUCCCGAUGGUAUUCUUAAGAUUGGCCAGAAGUUGUUAGACCUCAAACAAUUCAACUAUGUUGUGUUGGUAACUGAGAGAGCAUUGAUUAGACUCAAUGAUAUCAAGGUUGAGAAGGUAGAGUUGGUCAAGGUUGAGAAGAGGAUAAAGGCAGUGUCACAGGACAUUCAGACAAUAGUGUCUGUUGGCGGCCUUGCUGUCGAGCAAUCCGCCGAGUUGGAGCUGCUCCAGAACCAGGUCAAGAGACACAAGAUCCUGAACCCUCAGCCAAUGUCCAUCACUACACAGAACGACUUGAUGCUUCAGAACGCCCAGUUGCGUGUAACCAGCGUAAUCGAGAUGAAGAAGGCAUCCAAGGGUGUCACCAACAUUGACGACCAACUCACCGACGCACUCAACACUCUGAUCGACCCAACUCACAUCUUCAAGCUGGCUCAAGUCGUCUUCAAGUACGGCGAGAACGACGCCACCAUCCUCUACGGUGAGCGUUGCCAGCAGUUCAUCUCAGACCUGGAGAAGCUGCGCGAGGUGCGUCUGCCCCUGCAGACCCAGAUCGACACGCUCAACAGCGAGCAGACCGAUCUGCGCAGGGUGGGCAAGUCUCUCACUCAGGCCCAGCAGGAGCAGCUCAAGAAGCUCGAGGAGAAGUUGGCCGCGUUGCCCGAGUGGCCAUCGUUUGGUGUGCUCACCGCCCGCAACCAGUAUGACAGCUUGCACUUGGAGGUCGCGCAGCUGAUGAUCUCAUCGGUGCUCAACUCCAAGAAGAGUCUCGAGACAUCGGACGACUCCAAGAAGAAGCAACAGGUGCAGCACCAGUUCCAUCAGCUGAUCGAGCUAUGUCUCCAGAAGUUCUCCGACCCCAUCUACUUGAUGAAGUUUGCCAAUCACAUGGCAGGCUCACGCGAGGACCAGGUCCUUAGCCGCAUCGUCACCCAGUUGUUCAAGCGCUGCAAUGAGAUAGAGAGCCAACGCGUCGUCCGUCUCGCACUCAAGACCAAGCUUGAGGGCUUGACCGAGGCCGUCAAGAAGGCCAGCCCAGAGAAGCAAAAGGCAAUGCUCGACCUGAAGAAGGCCACAGAGGACGAGAUCGAGGCACUCCCAGUGUGGCCCCAUUACGCAAGCUUGGAGGCCAACAAGCCAUACGACACUACCAAGUACGACGCAUCAAUCAUCCUGCUCAACACCAUCCUUGGAUGUCUCUCAUUUGUCGAAGAGAAGAUCCGCAAGCGCAAGAUGUUCAAAAUCAACAACAUCGCCGAGGACACACUCAACGAGGAGAAGGACGCACUGACCAACCAGCUCAACGAGGCACUCGGACUCUGUCUCUCCAACAUCGAGAGCAUCAGCUCAAUCGUCAAGCUGUCUGAGGAGUUGGGCUCCAAGAACGACCAACUCUUUGUCGACAUCUCCAGGAUCUUCCACCAGAAGCUGACCAACUUCUACUCUCAAGCACUGGACUACAAGGAGCAGCAACUCUUGAUUGAGUUGUUGGAGGAGGAGUCACAGGAGCUCGCACGCACCAAGCGCGAUAUGACCGAUGAAGACAUUCAACUGCUCGAGUCGGCCCGCAACCAGCUCGCCAAGGUCAGUCUGCCAUACCUCGCCGACUACCUCAACGCCAACACCUUCCACUCGACAAUGGUCAUCACUGGUCUCAAGUACGUGUACAAUGCCAAGCAGGCCAUCUUCACCAAGCGUGUCAAUGGCGAGAUCAAGGACCAGGAGGCCGACGACAUGCUGGCCGCAUCCAAGGACAGGAUCAAGUUCAUGCUCCAGCUUGCCGAGUCCUACAUCAAGGAUCCAAACACUUUCCAGACUCUGCUGAAGGAUUUGCUCGAGAGGAAGGAGUACGCCACACUCGAGUUGGUGGGCCAGGUAGCGUUCACCCGUGUCAAGGAGCUGCGUGAGCAUCAGGCCCAGCAGGAGACAAAGAAGAAGGAGAAGGACGUGAUCACCGAGCAGAAGGAGGCACUGGACAAGCAGCGCAGAAGACUGCCAACCGACAAGAACAAGAUCCUACGCGAGCUUCUCUUGAACGAGCGUUACAACAACCAAUUGCCAGCUUUCUACAAGGGUGAGCCAGACACCUUUGCACUGGAGAUAAGCAAGAUUUUGAUCGACAGCGUAUCCAAGGAGAAGCUGAACUUUGAAGCCUCUAUCUCCACACUUGGUGACGAGGGCCUUCGCCAGAUGGCCAGCGAGCGCAAGAGACUCACACUCAAGGUUGCUUCCACGGUCAAGGUGUGCGUCGAGCAGAUCAAGUCACUGAACACUCUGAUGUCCUUUGCCAAGGACCUGUUCGCCAAGAAGGAGAACACGAUGGUGAUCCAUGUCGGUACCACCAUUGAGGCCACGCUUGAGCAUCACAAGUCAGUGAUCGAGCACAAGGAACUCGUUGAGAAGCAACUCAAGGAGGAGCAGUCUCGCUUCCUCCAGGAGCAAAACAUGAAGGAGCGCACCAGGAUCCAGUCGUUCAUCGAUGCCAAGACCGCCGAGCUCGAGAAGAUCACUCCACAGUACACCUACGAAGAGGUGAAGAAGACCACGCUGGAGAUCACCGACCUGAUGAUCAAGGCCGCCAACGCCGAGGACUUGGGCGAGGUGAUCCGCGACCAGACCAUCCUCUCGUUCAAGAUCGACACCACCGUCGAGAAGUGGGACCAGAUCCGCAACCUGUCCUCCGAGGAGGAGUGGGCCAAGGUCAAGGAGGAGCUGGUGGUCUAUGUGAUGAAGCGCGAUGAGAACAUCAACUCCAAGAUCGAGCUGUUGCUCAAGGAUGGACUGUUCAAGCAGUGCAUUGAGAUCUUCCCGCACCCCGGCACCGAGCAGGACGACCUCGCCAACCAGAUGGUGCUCCUCGAGUCCCUCUACGAGGCCGUCGACAAGCAUGCCUACACCCAGCUGCCCGCCGUCAUCAACAUUGUACAGCGCUAUGCCAAGCGUUGCUACCAGGAGUGGCGCUAUGAGAAGCUCAACCCAAUCCUCGACCUCAUGCAGAAGAGAUUCCCAAUGGAGAUCAAGGACAUGUUUGAGAAGGCCGUAGACAUGCUGCUGGUCACCGUUCUGCCCAGCCAGUAUCCAAUGCUCGUGCAGAUGCUCAAAGCAUUCAAGAAGAGAAUGUGCACUGUGUUGGGCAUGGACGAGAUCUGGCAGCAGUUCGUCGAGGAGUUCAAGAAGAAGCAGAAGGGCAAGAGAAAGCUGAUCCAGAUGCUCAACUUGAUCAAUGACUCUGUUUGGAAUGUCGAGGCCACCAACAGCUCGGCCAUCAAGACACAGAAGCAGGUCACAGGUCGCGGUGCCAAGAACAAGGCCAACGUCAACGAUGCUCCAACAAUCAAGAAGAUCAAGUACACUGGCGUUCCAACAUUUGACAACAGCAUCAACAACCUCCUCAACAACAAACAACAACAACAAUACUAG